AUGAUUUUUGAGCAAGGGAAGUCAAGGCGUGUAUGGACCAACUUUGAAGAAGAAUCUUUGUUGAAUGUUCUUGACGGAAUUAUUGCUGGAGGACAACGCUGCAACACUAGAAGUUUCAAAUAUGGUACUUUAAUCAAAAUAGAGAAUGCUUUAAAUCUUUUAUGUCCCAAUUCCAAUCUGAAGGCAAGUCCAUAUAUUGAGUCAAAGUUGAAGAAACUUAAGAAAGAUUAUAGCAUAAUCUAUGACAUGAUGAACAAGAGUGGAUUUGCAUGGAAUGAUAUCAAAAAGUACAUUGAAGUUGAUAGUAAUGAAGUAUGGGAUACGUAUUUGCAGCACAACAAAAAGGCAAAGGGAUGGAGAAACAAGAAGUAUCCAUUAUUUGAUAGACUAACUACCAUCUUUGGGAGUGACCGUGCUACUAGAAAUGGGGCUGAGGUCCCUGCUGAUAUGAUGGAGGAGCAGAGCAACAAUGAAGAUGAUAUAGGCCUUGAGAAUGACACAAGCCCCAUGUCAAUGAGCAAAGAUAGCACGGGACAAUCUCAGGUCAGUCAGAAAAAGAGGAAAAGAAAUGAUGAAGAUAAAAUUAUGCUUGCAUUGGUUGCGGGCACUGCUAGAGGAUCUACCUAG